AUGGCACGACGCUUGAGCGAUGCUAUGUUCGAUUGCCUGUGCGGAUCAUGCAUAGGAGCUGCCCGCCGGGGCAUGGAUAGAGCCCGUGAAGGUGAGCAAGGCAAUGAGCAAGCCAGAGGUGUUGGCGAGGCUAUCUUCGAUGGUUUGUGUGCUGCUUGCACUAACGUUUGUUCUCUUGCCUUUUGCAGAUUCGCCCAGCAUGAGAUUGCAACCCAGACAGGAACUGAGAAUAUUGAACUGCAAGAGAUGCCGACAGGGGCACGGCACCAAGCUCAACAGGCGGCUAGAAUUACAGCUGCUUUGAACCCUGGUCCUGCUCCACUAGCUCCUAUUCCUGAGGAGGAGGAAGAAGAAGAUGAAGAAGAAGAGGAUGCGGCAUCAUCUCCUGGUUUCACUGGGGCAUCUCCUGCCCCCCCCCUCCGUCAACACCUGUUCUCGUCCCAUUAG